AUGAACGGCGCCGCCUCCGCCGCGCGCUCCAAGCGCAAGGACCCGCCGCACCCGGUCGACGGCCGGCAUCCCAAGCACCACCGACCGAACGGCGACUUGUCCGAAGAAGGGACGCCCCACGAAGAAUACGAGAGCAGCGCCGCGAGCGGGUACGAUGACUACGACGAGCUGAGAUUGCCGUCGGCAGCGGCCAUCAUUCCCCCUACAACCGCGACGACCGACUCUGCCGAGUGGCAGGCGACGAUUCAGAACGUGGUCAAGAGCGUCGUGUCGAUCCGGUUCUGUCAGACGUGUUCGUUUGAUACUGAUCCGGGCCUGUGCAGUGAGGCCACCGGGUUUGUGGUUGAUGCUGAGAGGGGGUAUAUCCUGACGAACCGACACGUCGUGGGCGCGGGCCCGUUCUGGGGCUUCUGCAUCUUUGAUAAUCAUGAAGAAGUGGACGCGUACCCCGUGUAUCGCGACCCUGUACACGAUUUUGGCAUCCUCAAAUUCGAUCCCAAGGCGAUCAAGUACAUGCCCGUGCGGGCACUCCCUUUACGUCCCGAUCUCGCGAAAGUGGGCGUGGAAAUCCGAGUCGUCGGUAACGACGCAGGCGAGAAGCUCAGCAUCCUGUCCGGCGUCAUCUCCCGACUCGACCGCAACGCGCCCGAGUAUGGCGAGGGCUACUCUGACUUCAACACGUGCUACUACCAGGCCAGCGCUGCGGCCAGCGGUGGGAGUUCCGGCAGCCCGGUCGUCAACAUAGACGGGUAUGCUGUCGCGCUGCAAGCGGGCGGCCGUGCAGAUGGUGCGGCGACGGACUAUUUCCUGCCGCUGGACCGCCCGCUGCGCGCGCUGAAAUGUCUACAAGAGGGCAAGCCGAUUACGCGCGGCGAUAUCCAGUGCCAGUUUCUGCUCAAGCCGUUUGAUGAGUGCCGGCGGCUGGGGCUGACGCCCGAGUGGGAGGCGCGCGUGCGCAAGGCGUUCCCAAAGGAGACGAACAUGCUCGUGGCUGAGAUUAUCUUGCCCGAGGGUCCGUCGCAUGGCAAGAUUGAGGAGGGAGAUGUGCUGAUCAAGGUUAACGAUGAGCUGCUGACGCAGUUUAUAAGGUUGGACGAUAUCCUGGACUCGAAUGUCGGGAAGCCGGUGAAGUUGUUGCUUCUGCGUGGAGGAAAGGAGGUCGAGGUGGAGAUUGAGGUCGGUGAUCUGCACAAGAUCACGCCCGAUCGGUUUGUUUCGGUCGCCGGGGGCAGCUUUCACACGCUCUCUUACCAGCAGGCGCGGUUGUAUGGCGUCGCGUGCAAGGGUGUCUAUGUCUGCGAGGCUGGCGGUUCCUGGAGGUUUGAUUCAGCUGAGAACGGCUGGCUGAUCCAGUCAGUCGACCACAAGAAGACGCCGGACCUGGAGACGUUCAUCGAGGUCAUGAAGAAUAUCCCCGACAAGUCGCGUGUGGUCGUCACGUAUAAGCACCUGCGCGACCUGCACACCCUCAACACGACUAUUAUUUAUGUAGACCGCCACUGGUCGCGCAAGAUGAAGCUUGCCGUGCGCAACGACGAGACCGGGCUGUGGGACUUUACGAAUCUCGCUGACCCCUUGCCUCCUGUUCCCCCCGUCCCCCGCAAGGCGUCCUUCAUCCAGCUCGAUAAUACGAUCCAUCCUGCUGUCGCCGACCUCGUGCGCAGCUUCGUACACGUCAGCUGCACCAUGCCCGUCAAGCUCGACGGCUUCCCUAAGAAUCGGAAGUGGGGGAUGGGCUUGGUGGUUGAUGCUGAGAAGGGGCUGGUGAUCAUCUCACGGGCCAUCGUGCCGUACGAUCUGUGCGACAUUAGCAUCACCAUCGCCGACUCGAUCGUUGUCGAGGGCAAGGUGGUCUUCUUGCAUCCGCUGCAGAAUUACGCCAUAAUUCAGUAUGAUCCGAAGUUGGUCGACGCGCCGGUGCUCAGCGCCCGGCUGAGCACGGAGGAGAUCACCCAGGGCCAACCGACCUAUUUCAUCGGGUAUAACCGCAUCGGACGCAUCGUCCACGCCGCGACGACCGUCACGGAAACCUUCGCCGUCACCAUCCCCGCCAACUCGGGCGCGCCCCGUUACCGCGCCGUCAACAUCGACGCCAUCACCGUCGACACUUCGCUGAGCGGUCAAUGCGGCUCCGGCGUGCUCGUCGCCCAAGACGGCACCGUCCAGGCCCUCUGGCUGACUUACCUCGGCGAGCGCAACCCCUCGACCCACCGCGACGAGGAAUACCAUCUGGGCUUUGCCACUCCAUCAAUUAUUCCAGUUGUUCGUCAAAUCCAGCAGGGCGUUGUCCCCAAGCUGAGGAUGCUCUCUGUCGAGCUGCGCGCAAUCCAGAUGAGCCAGGCCCGACUAAUGGGUGUUUCUGAGGAAUGGAUUCACGAAGUAUCACUGGCGAAUACCUCGCAUCAUCAGCUGUUUAUGGUUGCCAAGAGGACGUUUGAGCGCGAUACGGAGCAUAUACCCCCGGAUGAGCAGCUCCUGGAGGGGGAUGUGUUGCUCACGUUGAAUGGGAAGAUCGUGACACGGAUCUCGGAUCUGGAUGUCAUGUAUUCGCAUGAGUACCUCGAUGCGGUCAUCGUCAGGGACUGUCAGGAGAGGAGACUGAGGCUCAGGACGGUCAGCGCGGAUGAUGUAGAGACGACGCAUGCGGUCAGCUUUUGUGGUGCUAUUUUGCAUCGGCCGCAUCAUGCUGUUAGGCAGCAGAUUUCCAAGUUGUUUAGUGAGGUGUAUGUGUCCGCGAGGACCAGAGGCAGUCCGGCGUAUCAGUAUGGGCUGGCGCCAACGAACUUUAUUACGCAUGUGAAUGGGCGACCGACGCCGGAUUUGAAGAGUUUCUUGAGGGAGGUGGUGAAGAUUCCGGAUAAUACUUACUUCCGCCUGCGCGCAAUGACCUUCGACUCCGUACCUUGGGUCGUCACCAUGAAAAAGUGCGAGCACUACUUCCCCACCAUGGAACUCAUCAAGGACCCGAGUGAACCUUGUGGCUGGCGCCGCGUCACCUACGAGAGCGGGAAGGUCUAUCAAGGGGAGGGCCCAGAUGGGGUCGUCCAGCCGGCUGGGGAGAGCACAGAUAUGGAUGUUGAUAUGGGAGUUUGCGAUAUUUAA